AUGGUAAAUUUUUCCACUGAGAACAUGGUUCCCUAUCAACAUCCAGUAGGUUUAAGGGUCCUUGCUGUUGACAAUGACACCAAUGUUCUUGAAAAUUUUGAGCAAAUGGGUAUUAUAUACCAUUAUUCAGUUACCACAUGCUCCAAUUCUUCACUUGCCUUGAAUAUUGUGCGGGAAAGAAGAGGAUAUUUUGAUAUGAUACUUAUUGAUGUUCAUAUGCCAAAUAUGGAUGGCUUUGAAUUCUUGAAGCGUGUUAGUCAAGAAACUGAUGUUCCUAUUAUUAUGAUUUCUGUUGAUGCUGCAACAAGUGAUGUCAUGAAGUCUAUUAAAUUUGGAGCUUCUGAUUAUUGGCUUAAACCUUUAUCAAAGGAACAAUUCAAGAAUAUGUGGCAGCAUGUUGCUAGAAAAGCUUGGAGGGAAAAUAAACUACAGAUAACUUUUGGCAACUUGGAAGAUGAUGAUCACAAGAAACGGGGGAAUGAUGAUUCUGAAUCUAUUAUUGAUAGAACAAAAGGAGUAGUUGGAGACCAAAAUAAGAGCAAUUCAAAGGAAGACGCGGUUGAUGAAUUGGAUAAUUAUUAUCAAUCACCGACAAAGAAGCCUCGAGUAAUAUGGUCAAGAGUUAUGCACCUAAAAUUUGUUGAGGCUGUGAUGCAACUUGGGCUUGAUAAGGCCAUGCCAAAGAAAAUUCUUGAAGUGAUGAAAGUUCCUGGUUUAACAAGAGAGAAUGUUGCCAGUCACUUACAGAAAUUUAGACUUUCUUUAAAGAAAAAUGAUGAAGUGGCUCAGCUACAACCAAACGUUGAUGGAAGAUUGGGUAACUUUCAAGCUUUGGCUGCUGCUGGCCAUGUUCCUUGUGAAAUAAUGGCUAACAUAAUGCCAACAGAGGACCAAAAUUCCCUCCUGCAAUCAACCAUACAAUGUCCUAACAAUUCCCAUGCAGAACAAGCUAUAACAUAUGCUCAUCCUCUAGCAAAAUAUCCUUUCAACAUUGCCAACAAUUUUCCUCUGUCCAUCAUACCUCUAGAUGAUGCUUCAACAAGAUAUGGAGCAUGGCCUUCAUCUAGUACAAUUGAUUCAGUGAGAGUCACUGAUACACUGCAGCAUCAACAUCCAUUAAUGCAUCAACUAAUUCAUUCAAUCAAUGUUCAACCCUCUUGCAUGGUUGAUUCUGGGAGCCUUGUUUCUAUUAUGCAACAUUGCAACUUUUGUAGCAACAAUUCUGUUAUGGAUUAUGGUUUACUGUCACCUCAAUAG